CACACUUGCAGAUGUAAAAUCACGUAAUAUUGCGCAAACCUCUUACCCCUUUUGAUGUAAUAGACUGUGCCGGUCGGCGGGGUCAUUUGCUUGUAACAUUACGGGCCACCACGCAUCAGUUGACCGCACGAUUACAAGGCGUUUUGACGACAAAUUUUUACUUUUCAAAAACCCAAUAUGUUAUUUUAUAUUGAUUAAUGACUGAAAUCAUACAUAUAUAUAUGUUUGGUCAGGAGUCAGUGACUUUACCGGGAUGAGAACGGCCGCAGCAACUCAACUGGACUAAAUGAUGGCGAUGAAAGUGACAUGUGCUUGAUGUUGAUUUCUAUAAACUGAAACUAGAACAAUACACAAAAUACAUUAUUAUAUCGUAGAUCUAUUUAAGUUCACGUAAGAAAUAGGAUAUUUACGUCCACUACAAAAGGUCUCCACGAUAAACAGUUGCUUUCAUUCGUCGAGAGGGUAUUUCCUGAUCGUGGUCAGUGAUCAUUACGUUGUAGCGGUCAGUGGCAUAAGUGACCUGAAGUGACCCCAAGGACUUGUCCUGAUGAUGUAAACUUUGGAAUGGAAGAUAAGUAAAAAGACAGGUGAAGAAGACACAUUACAUGAAAAUCCGCCAUCUUUGUUGAUAUUCUUUGUCCAGAUGUAGAAAAGGCAGUGGAGAGUUGGUUUUAAUGAGCAUAACAACAUGUCCAGGAGAAAACAGGGGCGGCCACAACAAAGACGGACCCUAGAUUCUCUGGAACAGGAAAAUGACUUACUUGUAUGUGGAGAAUGCCAAACCAGCUUUCCACUGCGAGACAUACUCAAGUUUAUCAAACAUAAAAUCAACAAAUGUAACAAAGACGAUGGUGAUGCAGAUACCCCGGAAAAUGACGAUGAAGACCAGGAGACUGCAGACAUAUGCAGUAUCAGUCUUAAACGUACCAGUAUAUCUGCACCUAUCUCCAGAAAGGAAUCCUUAGAGACAAGACUCUCACCGUUACUAGACUGCAGUAACGAUGAUAUCAAAGAAAAUGAUUUCUCCCCUGAGGAAGAACUCAAACAUGUCCGGCCGCCAUUGAAGUUGAAACAAGGGGUAGAUGCCGAAUCUAACACAACUCAUACAGAGCCAACGAAGUUUGUAUGCGAAUCCUGCAAAGCCACUCAUGAAUCGGCAUGGUCCCUCCUUCAACAUGCUCAGAGAGAACAUGGCAUGAAAAUAUAUUACACUCCACCAUUGAUUGAAUCUUUGCCGGUUAGCAAAACAAUUGAUGCUGUGAUGAAAGAUCUUCACGAUUCUAAACGUUCUCCACAGUUGUCACAACCCCAUAAACUGCACGACGACAUUCGUGAUCAACAUUUAUCUAUACAUCGUGAUCAUCACCGAACACCUCCAUCAGCGGGAAGCUCAGUCGGCAGUGGUGACGCAACCAUUACAUCACACCAUUCUCCGAAUCCAUUCAUGUUCCGCUUUCCAUUUGAUAGACCUCCUCUUUCUCCGAGUCUACAAUUCAGCCGUCCACCAGGUCCAGAUUUUAUUACUAGCGAACCUCGUCAUCUCGGAUUGCUAAAUUUUCCACAUUUUGAUGGUCCCUCGCCACCAUUUCCUCAUUUGUUUGACAGGACGCCUCGUCCUAUGGGAUUCGACAACAAAACUCUUGAAUCAUUUUAUUCACAAAGAUUGCGAGAGUUGGCAUCAAGAGACAUCAUCACUGGAACAACUUCUGCAUCCCCGCCCAUUCGGAAGCACACACCUCCUUUCUCGCAGGCCAGCACAACGACAACGACUUUAUUUUCACCUCUUACACCACAGCAGUCCUCUCCUCAUCAAGUGGAACCUGAAAGAGCACAGCGUCCAGAUAGUUUAACACCACCUAGCAAAUUAAAAUCUUGUGAAUUCUGCGGAAAAUCUUUCCGUUUCCAGAGCAAUCUGAUCGUACAUCGAAGGUCCCACACUGGUGAGAAACCGUUCAAAUGUCCUCUCUGUCCACAUGCCUGCACUCAGCAAAGUAAGUUAAAAAGGCACAUGAAAACGCACAUGAAUAAAUCCCCAAUGAUGUCACAGAUCUCUAACUCCUCAGACGGAGGCAAUCAUGGUUCAGGUGAUAGCACACCAGAAGGAAGUAAAAAAUUCAUGGACGAUGAGGAUGAAGAUGAGGAAGAAGAGGAAGAAAUGGAGGAGGAUGAAGAAGAGAUGGAUGAAUCCGAGAUGAUGGAAGAAGAAGAGAGUCGAAAACUGUCCAAUAACAAUCUAGAAAAAAAGCCUGAUCUUUUUAUCCCAAACUUUGUACCGACUCAUUCACGUAAUGGUGGUUUAGCAAUUAACUCAAUUCAGGACAAAUCGUCAUUGCUCAAAGAAGUGAUGGAAAAUACAGGUUUGACGGGGAUUCCGACAUACAAAGAUGCUUUGAAACAAGCCAUAGAAGAAAACUUUUCAAAAGAGAAUCCAGAGUCUGGUAAAGAACAGAAUGACAACGGCAGCAGAAAUGGCAGCAUAUCCAGUAAGGAAGAUAUCAAAUCAGAACCUGAAACUAACCAAGGCAACGGCAUUGAUAAACAAGCAAAUAGUGAAAAUAGACAAGCCAAACAUAUAAAAAGCGAACCUCAUGAGGCAGCACCUACUCCUAUGUUCAACUUUGACAUGUUUUCAUCAUUGCAACAAUCCCUUUGGAGAAUGCCGGUCGCUAAUCCACCACCAGAGAUUUAUCCACAUCUUAUACCGGGAUACCCUUUCGACCCUAACCACAAUAAUGGAUUCAAUCCUGUGUCUACGGUUGAGAGUGCCUUGAAGACUUACAACACUCAAAAGUCUGUAGACAAUCUAUCUUCGGCUAAUAGUUCCCCUUUGCCCCGAAAGGAAUCUAGAAGAAAUGACACUUGCGAAUAUUGUGGGAAAAUUUUCAGAAACUGCAGCAAUCUCACCGUUCACAGACGCUCACAUACGGGAGAGAAACCUUAUAAGUGUGCACUGUGCAGUUAUGCAUGUGCACAGUCAAGUAAAUUAACAAGGCAUAUGAGGACGCAUGGUCGGAUUGGAAAAGAUGUAUACCGUUGCAAAUUCUGUAGCAUGCCAUUCUCAGUUGCCAGUACUCUUGAAAAGCAUAUGCGAAAAUGUGUCGGCAAUGGACAAAUGAAGAUGAUACCAGACUCUGAUUCUCAGUCUCAGUCAGAUACUGCCAGGAUGAUUCAAGAUUCAGAAUCUGAUUCAAGCAAUGCUCCUUCAAAUUCGGCAAACACACCAACGAGUAUAUACGAAUCAAAUAGCUUAACAAAGAACGCUUAUGGUUCUCCCAACUCCUCCACUAGUAUAUUCGAUUCCGUGAACUCCUCGAAGAGUUUAUACGAGUCAGCCAGCGUUGCCACGAGUAUGUUUGAUUCAGCCAAAGUACCAACUAGCCCAUUUGAUUCGGCUAAAAUGGCUGCAGCUUUCAAAAAGGAAUCUGGUUUAUUCGAUUCGGUUAAUGUUACCCCUACUAUAUGACUGCUAUGGUUUGCUCAAUAUUUUUGUUAUUUAUUUGACACCUUUAUUGUAAACAGCACAAAAUACUCAUCUUCAUAGUCUGCCCAACUAUUCGCUGUUGUGUAAAGACUUGCUGGCACCAUUAACCGGUGACGUCAUCUUCAUCAUCAUUUAUCGUCAUAGAUCCACACGAUUGUUGUAGUUUGGGGCAGACAAACUUUAGAUAUUGUAGAUUUGUUAAUUUGUAUAUAGAUGUUGAUUGUUGAGAUGGGGUGUGUUUAGGAGGGAAUUUGUACCCCAUGACGUGUAUCUUUAGAUGGUGCUUACCCCUUCUUGCAUUGUAUACGUGUCAUAUUUUUUUUAUAUUUGAAUAGAUAGAUGCACAUUACUGGGGCUUUUAAAGCAUAUAUUUUGAGAUUAUCAAUAGCAACAUUGCUUCAAAGAAGCAGCAACUAAAAUGGCAGACAUUGAUUUUGGUGAUUUUUAAUUCUGUAAAAAUAAUUGUCAGUCUUUAGACUUUAAAGAGGAGUAGUAAAAAUAUAUCAUCGAAAUUUGAGAGUAAUAUCACACUGUGUGUUGAUUUAUAUAUUUGUUUAUUUGUUUUUUUGGAAUGUGGCUUCAGUACAACAUCAAACAGACGGAAAUGAUCAGGGCUUUCAAUCAGGGAGAAUAUUACACCAAAGGUUUCAAUGUCUUAACUGUUUCAUUAAAACUUGAAAUUAUUCUAGAAGCAUAUUUGUGCCUAUGUCUUAGGUCAUCUUUUGUGACAAUAAGUCUUUUUAUAAAAUAUGUGCCAUAUUAUGUUUAUAUUCAUCUGAUGAUGACGUCAUGUUAUUUAAAGAAAGCAGCAAGUUAUUUAUUUAAAUGCAAAGGGAAAACAUGCUAGGAGUAAUUUUGUUACACUGUGAGUUUCAUAUAAAACUUUUAUAGUAUCAACUUUUAAUGGAACAAUUGGGAAAUCUAUAUAAAUGAAACCUGUUUUGAUAUGUGAUGUAAAGAAAUAUUUAAAUUUAUUGGAGGUAUAGAAAUAUGCACACUGCAACAGAAAAGCUUAAGGCAGCAGAAAAAUAAUUGUAAUAAUAGUGCCUAAAAUAGAUCCUGCCAAGCAGAAUUUUACAUGUUGUACGACCAACAAAUUCAACUGGUUAAAAUUUGGAGAAAACAAUACAACAGUGCAAUUUGUUUUUGUUUUUGUUUUUUUUUUUUUUUUGUCAAGAAGGGCGAUACUACAUUGAAGUGUUUGUAUAAAGUUUUCAUUGUUAGAUUUAGAUGUUAGAGAGUUUUAUAUAUUAUGUAUACCCUCAUCACAUUACUGUUUCCCAGGCAGUCUAACAACUAGGGACUUGACUCAUUUUGGUGCAAUAGUGUGCUUAAAUCUACCCAUGGCGUUACAACAUCACAUUCGGGUAGUUUUUUUUUAUGUAAGUGAACUUGAUUUCGUUUAUUGCAUAUGAAUUUUGUCCAGAAAUGUGUUUUAAUAAGGUCAGAUGUGCAAAAUAUCAGUUAUCAAAACGAUGAUUUUUUUUUAAAUAUAACUCUUUAUGCAAAAUUACGAAAGGAAAAUGUAGAACGAGAAAACUCCUAGAAAAUACCAGGAGUGUUUGGAACAUCGUAAAAGCACACUCAAUGCAGCAAGUCAAGUUCAAAACAAACUGAAAUGAAAUAUUGAUCUUCACAUGUCACUUUUCUUAGCUGUCCAGGGUUUAAUUACUUUCUUGAGAAAAAAAAUUAUCCAUGCUAAAAUUCCUUUGGAAUAUUGAUAGUUUAAACAUGCUUAGUAACACCUAAUUGCAAAUUUACUUUAUUUAUAUAUUUGAUUAUAUGGUAGUUGUGUUAAAAUGACAAAUUGUUGAUCAUCAAUAUUCACACUUUCGUUAAUUGUGUAUAUUUUAAGAUCAAUAUGAUAUAGAACUAAAUCACAGCAAACUUCAUAGUAGAUAAUUCUAUUUGUUAUAAGCAGCAGUUUGUUGUAUCAGGGGAAUUAUGUUCAAGUUUGUAACCAUAACUUUUUCAUUAUUGUAUGAUAUCCCAUAAUUCACCAGUUAUGUUGUUAGUCUGUCCUUUUAUGUGUUUGUUAUUGUUAAUGUCUUUCACCCUUAAUAUCAGGGCAGUUUCUGCCAUAAGCGUGCCAUAUUUGCGUUACGAGGGUUCAGUUUAUAUAUAGGUAUAAUUUUGGUGCAUAUUUUUUCUGAAUUUCUAUAUUGCAAACAGUGCUGCAUUUUAAAAUAGCCAUAUGACCAGGGUCUUAGCUUAUAUUUAUUUUCAAUAUUAUGCCAUAUAUUUGUACAUAUUUUGUCUUCCCAUUAUUUCUUUUGUUCAUUUUAAGUGCUGUAUUUUGCAUUUUUACAUUUUCCACUGAAAAUUUUUAAUUAUUUUGUUUGACAUAUUAGUGCUUAACUAUUUUCCAGUGGACACAUUUGUUUUUAAUUAGGGCCAUAUUUUGUCACAUUUAGUUUUCCCGGUGAUCAGUGCUUCUUGUGUUUUUAGAUCUCUUUUAGGGUUGUUCAACAGCAAGACUCUGGUCAGUUAUCUGUGCCAUAAUCAUGAUUUUUAAAUUCUGAUAGUUAUUUUUGUGUCUCAUUUUUUACUGUGAUUGCUUAUGUAUUCUCAUAAUUGCGAACAAAAUUCUAACCAUUUGUUUCAUUGUAUUACACAUUCAGUAGAGAACAUUGUUUUCUGUUCUUGUUCUGCUGAAAUCGUUUAGAAAAAUAUCAGGUGCUUCAUAAAUUUAAAUCAAUAGGAAAUGUAAUUUGAUUUUAUCAUAGUUGAUGGUACAUCUUCAUAAAAAAAUAAAUGAUUAACAAGAAUUUAUGAUAAAAAGAAUAAUAUGUAUCUAAUAAUGAAAAUGUUGUAGUGCUAAAUCUGUUUGUAUUCUUCAAAAUGAAUUAGACGCAUGAUUACUUAUUUUUAAACAAUUUUAAAUUUGUUUUAAUAUUAUUUAUUCCGAAAUAAGGCUACAAAACCGAAUCUUAUAUCAAUUCUAUAUUUAUUUUUUAAGUCCAAAGUGGUUUUAUUUUUAAUAAUAUACAUUACUCCACAAUGAAUCUUUUAAUCCUGAUAAUACAAUCUUAUUCAUUUUUUAGCUCACCUGACCUGAAAGGUCAAGUGAGCUUUUCUCAUCACUUUGCGUCCGUCGUCCGUCGUCCUGCGUCCGUCGUCCGUCGUCCGUCGUCCGUAAACUUUUACAAAAAUCUUCUCCUCUGAAACUACUGGGCCAAAUUUAACCAAACUUGGCCACAUUCAUCAUUGGGGUAUCUAGUUUUAAAAAUGUGUGGCGUGACCUGGUCAACCAACCAAGAUGGCCGCCACGGCUAAAAAUAGAACAUAGGGGUAAAAUGCAGUUUUUAGCUUAUAACUCAAAAACCAAAGCAUUAAGAGCAAAUCUGACAUGGGGUAAAAUUGUUCAUCAGGUCAAGAUCUAUCUGCCCUGAAAUUUUCAGAUGAAUCGGACAACCUGUUAUUGGGUUGCUGCCCCUGAAUUGGUAAUUUUAAGGAAAUUUUGCUGUUUUUGGUUAUUAUCUUGAAUAUUAUUAUAGAUAGAGAUAAACUGUAAACAGCAAUAAUGUUCAGCAAAGUAAGAUUUACAAAUAAGUCAAUAUAACCGAAAUUGUCAGUUGACCCCUUUAGGAGUAAUUGCCCUUUAUAGUCAAUUUUUAACCAUUUUUCGUAAAUCUUAGUUAUCUUUUACAAAAAUCUUCUCCUCUGAAACAACUGGGCCAAACUAAACCAAACUUGGCCACAAUCAUCAUUGGGGUAUCUAGUUUAAAAAAUGUGUGGCGUGACCCGGCCAACCAACCAAGAUGGCGGCCACAGCUAAAAAUAAAACAUAGGGGUAAAAUGCAGUUUUUGGCUUAUAACUCAAAAACCAAAGCAUUUAGAGCAAAUCUGACAUGAAGUAAAAUUGUUUAUCAGGUCAAGAUCUAUCUGCCCUGAAAUUUUCAGAUGAAUCGGACAACCUGUUAUUGGGUUGCUGCCCCUGAAUUGGUAAUUUUAAGGAAAUUUUGCUGUUUUUGGUUAUUAUCUUGAAUAUUAUUAUAGAUAGAGAUAAACUGUAAACAGCAAUAAUGUUCAGCAAAGUAAGAUUAACAAAUAAGUCAACAUGACUGAAAUGGUCAGUUGACCCGUUUAGGAGUUAUUGCCCUUUAUAUUCAAUUUUUAACAAUUUUUCGUAAAUCUUAGUAAUCUUUUACAAAAAUCUUCUCCUCUGAAACUACGUGGCCAAAUUAAACCAAACUUGGCCACAAUCAUCAUUUGGUUAUCUAGUUUUAAAAAUGUGUGGCGUGACCUGGUCAACCAACCAAGAUGGCCGCCACGGCUAAAAAUAGAACAUAGAGGUAAAAUUCAGUUUUUGGCUUUUAACUCAAAAACCAAAGCAUUUAAAGCAAAUCUGACAUGAAGUAAAAUUGUUUAUCAGGUCAAGAUCUAUCUGCCCUGAAAUUUUCAGAUGAAUCGGACAACUCGUUGUUGGGUUGCUGCCCCUGAAUUGGUAAUUUUAAGGUAAUUUUGCUGUUUUUGGUUAUUAUCUUGAAUAUUAUUAUAGAUAGAGAUAAACUGUAAAAAACAAUAAAUGUCGGCAAAGUAAGAUCUACAAAUAAGUCAACAUGACCGAAAUUGUCAGUUGACCCCUUUAGGAGUUAUUGCCCUUUAUAGUCAAUUUUUAACCAUUUUUUCGUAAAUCUUAGUAAUCUUUUACAAAAAUCUUCUCCUCUGAAACUACUGGGCCAAGUUAAUUAUAGAUAGAGAUAAUUGUAAGCAGGAAAAAUGUUCAGUAAAUUAAGAUGUACAAACACAUCACCAUCACCAAAACACAAUUUUGUCAUGAAUCCAUCUGCGUCCUUUAUUUAAUAUUCACAUAGACCAAGGUGAGCGACACAGGCUCUUUAGAGCCUCUAGGUUAAGAAUAUAUCUUUUUUCGACAAACUAUACAUAUUUAGGCAAAAGUCUAUUUGAAAUGAUAACUUGUCGACAUUGUUCGAAGAUCUAUAAGAGAGAAUAACAUUUUCAAAAGAUUUUAUUUGAAACAAAAAUUGCUAUUAGCGUCUUAUUUUCAGAACUUCUAAAAAAAGCACAUUUAGGAACUGGCUUAACUUUUAUCAUCGAUACAAUAAUGUUGCCUCUCAAUCUAUUGGAUCUUAACAUAGAACAUAUAAUUACCCUUUUGAGCGGUUUCAUUUUUUUUUCUAAUCUUUAUUAAUAUCGAUUUCAGCAACCAAAAUGUAUGAUACUUAAAUUGUUAAACGAUAUGAUAAAUACUAAAAACAAAAUUCGUAUAUCUUUUUCCGUUGUUACCGAAAACAUACCUGCUUAACAGGGAUGACAACUCAUAAAAAAGGCAACUAGUGAAAAUAAGAAAAAGAGGCAACGAGCAGAUACAAGAACAGAUAGCAUUGUUUAUGUGCCUUUGUUUACAGAUAUUUUUGUACAUUCAAUGUACUAGGAGUCAUUUAGAACUACAGCUUCAUGUAUUUAUAAUGUGAUUGUCCGUAUGACAGUACAAAGUACACUUAAAUAAAACAUUUCUUCUUCCUC